AAAAUCAAAAGUUAACCCAACGUGAACCAACAAAAAAAAUAACAGAAGAAAUUAAAUCCCUUUUUAAAACAAUGUUCUAUACUGGUACCGCAAAUCAACAACAAAAAAUGUCCGCUCAACAAAUGCAUGAAGAGCUUAUUCUACGUGCAACACAUG